ACCAUAGUUUGCCGAUAUUUUUUCUAACUACCAUAACGGCACUACAAACUUAAUUUAGUAAUGAUUUUUGUGUUUCAAUGUUUAAACAUUUUAUGUUAAAUUAAUUAAUAAGAAUUUUUAUUCGUACAAAAUAUAUUUACCCACCAACACAAUGGAAGAAUGCCAAACGCCUACACUAGCGCAAAUGAUGGAAUUCAAGUACGAGCUCACACCCACUAUGGUCUUCGAUCCGAGCCGCCUACAGGAUGCACAAAAUUUAUUUGUAAAUCGCAUGAAUAUGCGUUGCUUUACGCCGACAAUGAAGAAUUUCCAAUCGCCUGGACUCUCGCCGAUCAACGAGAUCGGUAUGGCUGUUGGUGUCCCAACAAAUAUGGAGAAUUUACAGAAAUCGAUGGUGGCGGGCAGGGAGGAGUAUUUUAAGGUGCCUUUUGUGAAGACUAAAAAUGCACAACAAAAACAAAUGCAGCAGGCACAACUGCCAUCACAGCAGCAGCAGCAGCAGUUCUCGCAGCAGCAGCAACAGCAACAACAAACGCUGUCGAAGUUCUCUUGCCAUUUUGUUAGCGAUUCGCCGCCGGUCUUCACGUUGAAUUCGACAACCAAUUCGGAUACAGAUUUCAGCUUAGAUUCGACGAGUCCCGAUAGCUCGGCUAUACUUGGUAUUGUUUGUAAAAAUAAUAAUAACAAUAGCAACAACAACAACACCGACUACAACAAUAACAAUGGCAACAGUGACAGUCCAAAUAAUUCGCUUUCUUCGAAAUGCAGCCGCAGCAACGCUACCUUCACGAAUAGUCUUAACAACAACAGCAACAGUAACAUAGACAACAAUAACAAUAAUAAUAACACCAUCAACAACAAUAGUAAUGCAUCGAGAAAUGAGAGCAAUACAAAUCUACUCGAUCGCACGAUGAACAUUUCGACUUUGCUGCGCAGUGCGGGCCUCGAUGAAUAUAUUGAUGUCUUCGAAGAGCAAAAUAUGGAUUUGGAGCAAUUUUUGAAUAUACGUUCGGAGGAUUUUGCGCGUAUGGGCGUGUGUAAGGUGGAAGAUCAGAAAACACUAGCAGAUUUGCUGUGCGAAUUAAAUGGUGUUUAAUUAGUUUUUGUGUUCAAAAAUUUUUAUUUUUAAAUAUUUCUUUUAUUCAUUUGUGGUUUUUGUGAUUUAAAAAAUGCAAUAGUCUCAUUGUGUUUCUAAUUUCGGAGGCCAUCAGGUCUUUUUUAAAUGGAAAAUAGUAAAAAAUUGUGUAAUCUAA